GGCUAUCUUUUCAGUCUGAAAAAAUAGUCCAAAGGACAGACUGGUUUUCACCCACGAUUUCUCUGAGAAUGGAACCGAUACCGGAUGUCUUUGCCUUUCAUAAUUCGAGUAGUUUUAUGGCGAACGUGAGUUGCUUGGCCGUGAUGAACUUGCAUUUCAGCCAUCGCUGCCUUAUGGCCAGACACUUAGCCGACUGCAGAUAUAUCACCAACUUUUUUAACUAUUACGUGAUGAUGUAUUGUACCUUCGAGAUCGAUAAUAAAAUGACUGAAAUAACGGUGAUGCUGCUGUUUGGAAUAAUCUACUGCCUCUUCCUGUGCAUCCUCUACCUGAGCAUCAACCACUACUUUUCACCAACGCUGAAGAUCGCUGCUCAUAAGAUGCGAAUAAACGAGUACAUGGCUGGCGUAAUGCUCGUGGGCGUGGCCAAUUCAACUCCCGAUCUCCUGGUCAACCUAUCCCCAGUCAGGCGGGAGUCCCUUACCUUCAACAUAGCCAUGGCCAACGCCCUAACCAUCAUAUGUUUGAGCGGUGGUGCGGUGUGCUUCAUCCGUCCUUUCAGGAUGAAUGGUCACAGUGUUUUCCGGGAUCUUCUCUUUCUCUUGCUCAUCGUAGAGCUGGUGCGAUUUUUAGCUGAUGAUACUCAUCAAAAGCCAUGGGUAAAGGGUACCGUUGUACUGAGUAUUUAUCCCAUAUACUUGCUUGUUAAUAUAGUCGAUGUUGUUCUUCAACGAUACACUAUAAAAAAGCUUCAGAAAGAUAUUGAGCAUAUGAGGCACUCACCAUCAUCUCAAGAUCACGAUCGUAAAUUGGCUGAGAAAAUUAUUCUUUUGACUAGUCUCGAAGAAGACGAUGAGGUUCAAAUCUUUGAAUCAAAAGUAUACAGCAAAAGAUCGUACGACGCAGGAUUCUUUGUUACCCCCAAGCCACUUAUUCGACAUAAGGAAGUCGACGUGGAAAGCAACCGAACGAUUCUCCAUAACAAAUCCAAUCCAAAAAAUCUGUUCCUAUUCAGCGAGUUUUUUCAAUCAGUCAAUCCCAUUGACGCGGACGCUUGGCUAUUGAGUGGUACAUGUGUACGCAUUACAAUGGUCCUAAUGGCCCCAGUUCGAUUUUUGCUGAAGCUGGUAAUUCCGUUUGUGGACACCCAGAAGGCCAAGCAUGGGUGGAGCAAGUUGCUAAAUAGCUUACAAGUAGUGAUCACCCCUUUCGUGAUCAUUACACUGGUUGAAACUAGCAUAGCCGACAACUACUAUAAUUGGUACAACAUUCCUAAGUUCACAAUAGCACUGUGGUCUAUAUUGGCAACGACGCCCUUGGCCGUAGUGGUUUUCUUGCACUCGCGCACUGACAUUCCGCCUUUCUAUCAUCCCUUAUAUUGCGUGCUUACAAUUUGCACUGUGAUUAUAUUCACUUGGAUUUGUGCCUGGGAAAUGGACGUGCUGAUUUCGAUAAUCGGCAUUGUGUUUCAACUAUCGCCGUAUUUUAUGGCCAUCACCUUCAACUCGGUGUCCGCUGCAACGGCUGACUUUAUUUCCUAUGCUCAUCUGGCCGAACACGGCUAUGGAAAGAUGGCCUUUGGAGCCAUCAUUGGGGGUACAGUUUUCAACAUGGUUGUCAACGUGGGCAUCGAAUUGGUGGUGCAGACAAAGCUCAACUCGCAGGGCCAAGUGCAGUUGUUCGGAGAAGAUGGUGAAACCAUCUUUCUGUUCCUGCUGAUGACCAUCAUAUUCACAAUGUGGUGGUGCUUGACCUUUAACUUCGUUGCCCGCCGAUCCGCUGGCGUGUUCCUGUGGUGCCUAUUCAUACUGUUCAUCAUUUACUCGACUGCCAUUGAGUUUCGGUGGAUCCAUGGUUUCCAAGACAAGCAGUUCAUUGAAGUGAAGUCUUAUUAAAACACAAGAUGCAGCGUAUACUGCGUAGAAAAAGCACAUGUUUUCUUUGCG